UUCUAGCAUGAGGGAUUGCAUUGAUCAUUGAUGCAUUCCUCAGUUCUCAAAGGCAUGUAAACCGGGUAUAAUAAUAGUUUCUCCAAAUGCUUACAGUGCCACUCGUCUUCUCAUAAAUGUCGGAAACAAAGGGCAGCAUAAAGAAAAGAAGGAGAAAGAGAAAGACUCCUCAAUCUGGGGCUCAGUCUGAGGUAACUAUGGAGGAUCUCCUGUCUUCCUCCUCUUCCUCUCUAGUGGCCUCUGGUAUCUCACACAUUGAGAAGAUUGCCAGUCGUGCUUGGAAUGCUGUCUCAUUUGAUUCACUCCCAGAAUGGCUACGGGACAAUGAAUUCCUUCAUUACCAUCAUCGUCCACCGAUGUACUCAAUACGUGGCUGCAUUAAGAGCAUAUUCCGUAUGCACACCGAGACAUGGAAUAUAUGGACGCAUCUCGUUGGGUUUGUUUUCUUUGUUUCUCUCACUUUGAGUGUUUAUUGUUUUCGUGAUUAUAUCACGUUCCUUUUCGAAAGCAACAUUGUCAUUAGCGACCUUCCAUGGCAAGAACAAGUUGUCAUUUUCAUCUUCUUCCUUGGAGCAAUGACUUGUUUAUUCUGUUCGACUGUGUUCCACACUCUUUGCAAUCACUCCCAGGCAGCUCACUCCAUUCUAAGCCGCUGUGAUUACUCAGGAAUAGCUUUCCUCAUCACUGGCUCUAGCAUCCCUUGCUAUUACUACUUCUUCUAUUGUCGUCAGCUAUCAAGGCACAUACACACUGCAAUCCUGGCAGCACUCUGUGUCACGUGCAUUUGUGUGAGUCUCUGGAGCAAAUUCAGUACACCUAAAUACCGUCCACUUCGUUUUGGAAUGUUUGUUGCUUUUGGGUUAUAUGCGGUAGUCCCAGGUCUGGAAUUAAUAUUAAGUGGUGGCUUACUAAUCAAGCCGUAUGCUGGUUAUAUCACGGGUGUGGUACUAAUGGGGUCCCUCUAUCUCAUAGGUGCUAGUUUAUAUGUUCUGAGAGUACCAGAGAGGUUCUUCCCUGGUAAAUUCGAUGUCUGGGCUCACAGCCAUCAGCUGUUUCAUGUUUGUGUUGUGUUGGCUGCUCUGGUCCACUACGAUACAUUGUUAUCAAUGGUAAGGGACAGAUUGGCACUGGGUGAGGAGUGUGAUCCAAGAAAUAGUGCUAGCAUAUUGCAAUUUGUGUAUUAAUAAAUUGAUAUCCAAACUAAUAAUUUUUAUGUUUUUUUUUUGAUAUUUAUUUAAGGUGAUCAUUUUCUAAAUAGUA